GAGGACCCUUACCUCAAUCAAACCCUGAGGCCUUGAGAGUCCGAGCUCCACACUUCAUGAGUCUAUAAAAAGAGCUUUCCUCUUCUGAGGAAGCAACAGCAGACCCUCUCCUACUGAGCAUUUCAUUGCAGAGCAGAGAGAAAGCAGAAGAGGAGGAGAGGGAUCGCCACUCUGGAAGAUCUGUGGACAAACGGAGGGAGAAAAACAAGAAGAGAGGAAAAGAACGCUUUUGGAAAAGGCUGAAGAUGGUGUGUCAGUGGUGGUUGCUAGUGUUGGUGGUGAUGGCGUAUGUGUGCCACCCCGGGUUUGGGUCGGUGUGCUGGGAGAGCUCCAUCUGCAACGACCUGCGCAACAAGGGAAGGAUACUGGACUGCAUUCAGCUGUGCAUGUCUGUGAUCCAGACGAAACUCCCACAGUUCAGUGCAUUAGCCCAGAAAGUUAAUAAUGAUGACGAUGAUGAUGACCUAAUACUGAGCAUCAUUCUGGCCACCCUGGAGUCUGAAAACAAGAUAUCAGAGACAGAUCUGAAAGCCCACAGUGACGAGCGACGCUCCUAUUCAAUGGAGCAUUUCCGCUGGGGCAAACCUUCAGGCCGUAAACGGCGGCCUGUGAAGGUUUUUGCCUCUUCUCUGGAGGGAGGAGGCUCGUCUGAGGGCAGUUUCCUCCCUAAGGCUCGCAGGCAGCUGAACAGCUAUGAGGAUGAAGUGAAGCUGAAUGGAGAAAGUCAAAACCAGGAAGUGCCAAGGGCGAGGGUCAGCUCUCUGUCACAUGUCCCGUUGAGCUCGCACGAGAGAAAAGACGGGACCUACCGGAUGAGUCACUUCAGAUGGGGGAGCCCACCUGCCUCUAAACGUAAUGGCAGCUUUAUGAAACCGUGGGAGAAGAAACCUCAGGGGCAGCUGGCUAAGCUCUUCAGGAACAAUAUAGUCAAGAAUGUGCAGAAGAUAGUGGGCUGAAUGGAGGAGUUGAAAGAAUCUAAAAGCCAUCGCAUGUUAGUAGGUACCCAAAGGUCUUAAUAUUAAAUUACAGAAACUUGUCGCUAUCAUUAGCAUGUUGUUGAGUGUCUUUUCUGGACCGAAGGUUUUUUCUCAUUCAAACCUAAACUAAAAACAAGAAACAAGGCUGUUUUAUUUAAACAAUAAUGCACCCACAGACUGCCUUGAAAUUCUUGGUCUGAAUUGAAAGCUUUGUUUUUAGUUUUCUUUUCUGCAGCGUCAUUAUAUUGAUAGGCUAUAUGUUUUGAAAAAAAAAAAACAGAGAAUGAAAUUCCAGUGCAAGAGGUGGGUGUGAAUGAAAGUGUUAAAAAUAAUAUAUCCCAGUUUAUUUACAGAGUGGUAUUUUUUUGUAAAUUAAUAUGAUAUUAAAGUUAUUAAAAAUAAAGAUAAUUCUGUUUGUGGCAAACAC